AUGCCCACCCCCAACCUUCAUCUCGGGCUCUUCUCCUCCUCCACCGGGGUGGAUGGCGUGCGGCGCUGCCUGCCCUUCGCGCUGACCAGGGGCAGGGUGCGAGCCUUCGCGCGGGGCGCCUCGGUGGUGCUUGCGGUGCGUGGGGGCCCGCGCCUGCUUUUCGAGCUCGGUGGCCACCUGAGCGUGGAGCUGCCUGCGGCCUACCGGGGUCUCACGCGCGGCCUCUGCGGCAACUUCAACGGCAAUGCGUCCGAUGACCUGCAGCUGCGGGGGCCCGGGCCCUGCGCCAUGCCACGCCCCUGCCCAGGUUCGGGCUGUCCACCGGCUGCCGAGGACGCGGGCGCAGACGCAGCUGGGCGGGGCGCUUGUGGCCUCCUGCGCGAGCCCAGCGGCCCGCUGGCACCCUGCCACGCACUCCUGCCGCCGGAGCCCUUCUUCCAGGCCUGCGUGGCCGACGUGGGCCGUGCCCGCGGGAAGCGCGAAGUUCUCUGUGCCUUCCUGCAAGCCUACGUGGCUGCCUGCCAGACAGCUGGUGUUCAGGAAGUGGUGCAGCUCCCCACUCCCUGCUCUGAGGGCUGUGAGUGUGAGGAUGGAUUCUUCCCGGCCGGGCGUGACUGCGUCCCCGUGGACCACUGUCCUUGCUUCCACAAUGGCCAGUACUUCCCUCCUGGCCAGACUGUCCUCAUCAAGAAUUGCUCCUCCUCCUGUGCCUGCCAACUAGGGGAGGGUGUGGCCUGUGUCCCCUUCAGCUGUCCUACGGAGGAGAUCUGUGGCAUCACAGAUGGAGUCCUAGGCUGUCGAUUGCAAGCCACCUCAGCCCCUGCUCCGAGCUCUGUGGCCCCACCACUGGUUUCCCCACCUUCCCUACCACUGCUCUUCAGCCCCAGUCCCCAGUGCCCAGAAAACUCCCGCUUUGUUCCAUGUGGCUCUACAUGCCCAGCCACAUGUGCCAACCCCACAGCCCAAGAGCACUGUAGCCACCCCUGUGCUCCGACCUGCCAGUGCCUACCCAGCUACCUGCUGCUAGGGGGCCAAUGCGUGCCCCGUGCCCACUGCUUCUGCUCCCUGCACCAAGGCCAGACUUUCUGGACAGACAACUGUACUCAGCAAUGCCACUGUCCGACCGUUGGGGCCCUGGUAAGCCAGCUUCCCCAGUGUUGGCCUGGCAAGUGCCAUGGUCACUGCAAGGCCUCCACAGGUGGCUGGUACCACUGCCUGUUAGCCCAGUCCCCACCCAGUCCCACUGUCCUGGAGAAGUCACUGGUCUGCACUGCCACUGGAGACUUCCACUUCCACACAUUUGGAGGAACCCACUAUGAAUUCCCUGGCUCUUGUGUCUACCGCCUGGCGGGUCUCUGUGGCACAGCCCAUGCCAACCUUGAGCCCUUCAGCCUGGAUUUGACCCCACUGCUGCGGCCACGUGGCUGGACCAAGGCCCUGACCCUCUUAGCCUGUGGCCUGAGGCUGGACAUGAGUCCAAAAGAUCUCAACCACAUCCGGGUGGACGGAAUUCUAGAAUCACUGCCCUUCUUUCACGGCCACUGCCUCCGUGCCUACUACCAAGGCCGCCAGCUCUGCGUAGAAACGGACUUCGGCCUCUCCCUGACCUACGAUUGGGACAGCUUCGCACGUGUAACGCUGCCGAGGCCCUAUGGACCCUACCUCUGUGGACUCUGUGGCCAAUACGGCCCCAGCAGCCCCACCGCUCAGGUGCCCGACACCUGGAAGGUGGCAGAAGUGCCGGGCUGUGGCCCAUUCUGCGGGCCCCUCUGUCCCGGCCCGUGCCCAGUGGCCAAACGCAUUCAAUUCGCUGGAGACGCGUACUGCGGGCUGCUGGGGGCAGCGGAGGGUCCCUUCGGGCCAUGCUACGCCGCGCUGGACCCGCUCCCGUUCAUGGACAACUGCCUGGACGACGUGUGUCGCCACUACGGCGCCCGUCACAUUGUCUGCCGAGCCCUGGCCGCCUUCACCAUCGCCUGUCAGGCUCUAGGCGUGCACCUGCGGCCCUGGAGGACGCCUGACUUCUGCCCCUUGAGGUGUCCGCCGCACUCGCACUACGAGCUGUGCGGCCCGUGCUGCCCAGCCACGUGCGCGGGCAAAGAGAGCUGCUCCGGCCGCGACGCCAUUGGCAGCCGCUGCUGCGAGGACUGCGUGUGCGACGCCGGCUUCGUGCUAAGCGGCGCUGCCUGCGUGCCGGNGGCGCGGGCGAGUGUGCGGCCUGCGCGGAGCCUAGACGCGGCUCUCGAUGGCACCGGGCUGCUCAGCCUGCACCUCAACAUCUCCGGGCACCACCUGCAGCUAGACCGCACCCUUGCCGGCGUCAUCACGGUGGAUGGUGAGCACUGCCGGCUGCCCUGGGUAUUGGCAGAGGGCAGGGCCUGGGCCACGGUGGAGGGCCGCUAUGUGGUGGUGUACACGGCCUGUGGGCUACAUCUCAUGUAUGACUGGGGCAGCCAGGUGUACCUAACUGUGCCUUCCACCUUCCAUGGCCAGCUGGUGGGGAUCUGUGGGGCCUUUCGUGGCAAACUUGGCCCCCUUGACCUGACUCUAGACCAAAGAUCCUGGCCCAAGGGCCUGGUCACUAACUCCUGCCCACUGCCCCAGCCCAAUCUUGACUUUAACAUCAGCUGCCCCACGCAACUUGCCCAGAUCGUGAAUGCUUCCAAACUGUGUAGACUUCUACAGGCACCAGAUGGUCCCUUUGGCCGCUGCCUGGGCCAUAUCAGCGCCAAGCCUUUCCUCAGGAUAUGCCUACAAGACAGAUGUCAUACCCAUGGCCAGCACCUUGGUCUCUGUGAUGCCCUCACAGCCUAUACUGCAGCCUGUCAGGAAGCUGGAAUCUCUGUGAAGCUCUGGAGGGGCCCCAAGCUUUGCCCCCUGACUUGUCCACCCCGAAGCCACUACAGCAUCUGCACAUGGACCUGUGAUGGGGGCUGUGUCCAGCCUACCAGCCCUGCACACUGUUCUACCCAAUGCUAUGAAGGCUGUGAGUGUGACCCUGGACUCAUUUUUGAUGGCACAGACUGUGUGUCUCAGGAGCACUGCGGCUGCUUUCACAGUGGACGCUACAUCCCUGUUGGGGAGGCACUGGUCCUACCUGGCUGCCAGGAACACUGUAUGUGCUUGCGUGGUCAAGGCCUCCAGUGCCGGCCCUUUUCCUGCCCACAGGGCACAGGCUGCAUCUUGGAUGGGGGUGUGCGGUACUGUGAAGCUGGGGAGGGUGCUACAUGCCACCUAGAGCCGGGGGGCCUCUUCACCACUUUUGAUGGCUUCAGUGGGCUCACACCCAUGCCUGUUAUGUCCUGUGCCUAUGAGCUAGCCACAUUGGUGGGUUCCAGGCCUGAGGAUCCUGACUGGUUCCAUGUCAUUGCUGACUUCCUGCCCUGUCCUGGCUGCGCUGCUCUCAAACCACGAGUGAUCAUCGGCUUCAGGGAUGGCUGUGCAGCUGUGGGAACCAAUCAGGAAAUAUGGGUGAACGGACAACUGGCGCGGCUCCCAGCCCAAGUAUGCAGGGGCGUGGUCGCACGCUGGGCUGAGGGCUCCCGGGUUGUCAUCGAGCGGUCCCCCACCCUGCGGGUGCUGGUGGGGCCCGAGGGGGCCGUGGCCCUACGGGCCUCCCCCGCGCUCCGAGGACGCCUACGAGCAGCCUGCGGGGACUACAAUGGAAUUGCGGCCGACGACCUGAUACUCCCAGGAGGACUCCGGGGUGCCAGCCUAACCGAUGUGUUCCAGGCGUGCCGGGCUCGGGGCUUCAACAACUGCACCGAGAAGCUUGUUAUUCCAGCCAUGACGCAACACUUCACCACCUGACGCCGUCCCUCUCUGUGUCCCCAUGCCUGGGACCUCCCUAUGCACACCUGCCCUAGGGAUAGGAACCCACGGACCUCCCCGAGAUUGUUUUAAUAAAUAACUUAUGACCAAACCUGCUUGUGCCUAUAUCUUCCCAGUACCCCCACGACCAGGGGGACACAAAGGUCCCAACCUUUGGUUCCCCCGUCUCCCAGGACCCCAGGGGUUAGGUCGGGAUCCUGUCCCCUUCCGACCCAAAAUCUGAAUGGGAGCCCCCCCACCCCGCCGUGUUCCGAGACCUGCAGAACUCUCAAGGACACAGCCUCCUUGUCCGGCAGGCCUGUGAACCAGCAGCUCCG